UCGUAACAUCAAUGUCUCUCACGCCCUGAAAAAGCAGGUGGUGAGAAGUUCAACCGGAGAGAGAGCCGUCGUCUAUUACUUUGUAUCGCGAAGAAUCCUCCCAACCAAAAAUGUCAGACUUGUGGGAUGACUUGGAGAAUUUUGCUCGUGCCCCCUCUUCUUCCACAGCAGCGCCAGGAGAGAGAGGCACCAUUAAAGCCAAAGCUAACUUCAACGUCAGUGAAGAUGUUGCAGCUCUCCGUAAAGCAAUUGAAGGCAUAGGUACAACUGAGAAGACAUUGAUAGACAUUCUGACUCACAGGAGCAGCAGUCAGAAGCAGGCUAUUUCAAAGGCAUACCUAGAAACCACAAAUAGGAUUCUUGUUAAUGACCUGAAAGGCGACACCCAGGGCAGCUUGGAGGACCUGCUUGUUGCGCUCGCAAGACCGCUUGCUGUCAAUGAUGCUAAAUGGCUAAUUGAAGCAAUCAAAGGGGCUGGGACGGACAACAGCAUCCUGAUAGAAAUACUUGCCUCACGGACAAAUAAACAGAUCAAGGAACUGUCUGCCGCAUAUGCUGAGGAAACAAAGAAAACGCUGAUACAGAACCUAAAGACAGAGGUUUCAGGGGAUUUUGGCAAAGCCAUCCUUCUGCUUGCUGAGGGUGCGAGGGAUGAAAGCACCAAUGUGAAUGCAGACAAGGCUAGAGAGGAUGCAAAGGCUCUCUAUCAUGCAGGCGAGAAGAAACUGGGAACUGAUGAGUCCAAGUUCAUUGAGAUCCUCUGUAAAAGGAGCAUCCCUCACCUGAGACAAACAAUACUGGAAUAUAAAACCAUCAGUGGCAAGACUUUGCAGAAGAGCAUUGAGAAGGAAAUAUCUGGAGAUCUGGAGGAACUGCUGGUUGCCAUUGUAAAGUGUGUGAUGAGUACUCCUGCAUACUUUGCUGAAAAAGUCUACAAAAGCAUGAAGGUACAGAUAGAAACACAUUAUUGUCUGUCACUUAGACUGGAAACUGAACAAUUCUGGUGA